UUUCACCAAGCUCUGCACAUGGGAUCUCAUUGUGUUGUGUCAAACCUGCUCACGACCCUUAGGUGGGCAGCAAAUGAGAUCCUCCCUCCACCCCCGCCCCUGCCCCUCCGCAUGGGUUGGUAAAUGUUCCCACUACUUUAUGAGCGUUUUGAAAUAUCUUUCCCACGUCUCCCAAAGGACAGCCUUUUCUACCUCCGAGAGGAAGAGAAAUAUAUACCACAACAAUGGAGACCCACCACAUGUGCACAAGAAGCUGCCGACAAGUGCUGGAGAGGACCGAGCCAUGCUGCUAGGAUUUGCAAUGAUGGGCUUCUCAGUUCUAAUGUUCUUCUUGUUUGGAAUAACCAUCCUAAAGCCUUUCAUGCUCAGUGCUUUUACACACCUAAGUGCCACCGAGAUAGAAAUGAUUUGCUCAACAGUGCUCUGGACAUAAAGGAAUUCUUCGAUCACAAAAACGGGACCCCCUUUUCAUGCUUCUACAGUCCAGACAGCAAGUCUGAAGAUGUCAUUCUCAUAAAAAAGUACGACCAAACAGUUAUCUUCCACUGUGUAUUUUGGCCUUCACUGACUCUGCUAGGUGGUGCCCUGAUUGUUGGCAUGGUGAGAUUAACACAGUACCUGUCCCUACUGUGUGAAAAAUAUAGCACUGCACUCAGACGUGAAGCGGGUGGCAAAGUACCUCAUGUGGAACAGCAUCGAUUCACACUGUGGGGAGAAGCAAAGGAAGGAGCAGAGAAAUGCUUUUGAGAAAUUAAUUUUAAGCCACAAAUGACUAAAUAAACUGAAUAAUUAAAUAGAGCAAUAUUGACUUGACUAGUCAUGAACAAUUUCGGCGUUUUCUCCUCUUUCUAUUGUGGAAUGGUGGAGAGAACAUGUGUCUCAGAUUAGGAUUUGAGUUUGUAGGCCAUAAUGACAACUGUUCAGGUGUGUACCCUUUGGCAAUUCAGCUGCAUUGUUCAAGCCUCUCUCUUUUUCCAUCUAUAAAGUGGGAAUAAUCUCUUCUUUCAUGGGGUUAUUUUAGGGAAUAUGUGAAAUGCCUAGCUUAGUUUCUGGCAUCCAGUAGAGGUGCUUUAAAAUGUUAGUAGAUUAAAAAAAAAAUCUUUUGCUAAGUUUCAAUGUUCAGUCAGCCUUAUCCCUCUUCUGGGUAUAUACCCAAAGGCAAUGAAGUGGGUACCUCUAAGAGGUAUCAGCACUCCCAUAUUCACUGGAACACAGUAGCCAAGAUGUGGAAAUCACUUGUGUCUAUUGACAGAUGAA